AGCUGUGAAAGAAGCAACAAGAUGCAGUUUCAAUAUCAGCUUUGAUUUUCUCGAUAGUUAAGCAAACAAGUAAAGCGAAUGGUUUGACUGCUGAAACACGAGCUCCGAGGCGACGAUGUUUGUUCUCGGGGUUUUGACUGGAUUUUAUCUCUGCAGCAUAGCAAGCUCUACCUAUGGAACAUGGGCAAAUAACUUAUACUCGAAUUCACUAAAUCAUGCGAAUGAAGUGGACAAACCCUCUUCCCAGCCGCAUAUAAUUUUUAUCAUGGUCGACGACCAAGGCUUUCGAGACGUGGGAUAUCACGGGUCCGAAAUCAAGACCCCGACACUGGAUUGGCUCGCUGCAACAGGAGUCAAACUGGAAAACUACUAUGUGCAGCCUCUGUGUAGCCCUUCCCGGAGUCAGUUUAUGACCGGCAGGUACCAAAUACACACUGGACUCCAGCACUCCAUCAUCCGCCCCACACAGCCCAACUGCCUCCCCCUGGAGAACGUCACCCUCCCUCAAAAGCUGAAGAGUGCGGGCUACUCUACUCACAUGGUGGGCAAGUGGCACCUCGGCUUCUACAAGCGCGGCUGCAUGCCCACUCAGCGUGGCUUCGACACUUUCUUCGGCUCUCUGUUGGGCAGCGGUGACUAUUACAGCCACUACAAAUGCGACAGUCCUGGCAUGUGUGGCUAUGACCUUCACGAAGGAGAAGAGGCGGCCUGGGAGCAGGACCAAGGCAUUUACUCCACCAGCAUGUACACUCAGAAGGCGUUGAGUGUCCUUGCCUCCCACAACCCCAAAAGGCCCAUCUUCUUGUACCUGGCAUUCCAGGCCGUGCAUUCUCCACUGCAGGUUCCAGCUCGUUAUCUGGAGCGCUACAAAUCCAUUCCAAACCAGCAACGUCGCAAGUAUGCCGCCAUGGUCAGCUGCUUAGAUGAGGCCAUGCGCAACUUAACCCUCGCACUCAAGCGCUAUGGCUACUAUGACAACAUGGUCAUGGUGUACUCUUCGGACAAUGGGGGCCAGCCUCUGGCAGGGGGCAGCAACUGGCCACUGAGAGGUAGCAAAGGGACCUACUGGGAGGGAGGAAUACGGGCAGUGGGCUUCGUGCACAGCCCCCUGCUGACAAAGAGGAGAACUCGCUGCCGGGCCUUGAUCCACAUCACUGACUGGUACCCAACGCUUGUAACGCUUGGGGAAGGUACACUGGACGAAAACCAGAGCCUGGAUGGCUACGAUGUCUGGGAGUCAAUCAGUGAAGGGCGUCCCUCACCACGACACGACAUUCUCCACAACAUUGACCCUAUCUUCACCAAAGCCAAAAAUGGCUCCUGGAAAGCUGGCUAUGGGAUCUGGAACACAGCUGUCCAGGCUGCCCUUCGCGUCGGUGACUGGAAGCUCCUGACAGGCGUUCCAGGCUACAGCGACUGGGUCCCACCACAGACCUUCUCUACACUCCAGUUAGCUAACCGCUGGCACAACGAGCGUGUGCGCUGGGACAGAGGGAAGUCCGUGUGGCUCUUCAACAUCACGGCAGACCCUUUUGAGCGUGUGGACCUGUCAAGGCGCUAUCCGCACAUAGUGAAGCGGAUGCUCCUCCGACUUUUGCAGUACAACAAGACAGCAGUACCAUGCCGCUAUCCGCCCAAGGACUACCGCUCCAAUCCUCAAUACAAUGGAGGGGUCUGGGGACCUUGGCACUCAGAUGAUGACAAAGAGGAGGAUGAAAGUGACAACAGUCUUUUCAGUCAUUUAGGGAAUAUGAAAAGUAAGAAGAAUAUGAAACAGAAAGGGAAGCUUAAAGGAAAGGCCUAAGAAUUCUUUGUUGUUCAUUUGCUUUGAGUUUAGUUUUAUACUUUUAAAGACCCACCAUCUCAGGGACUGACAGACAGACUCAAUCCGUUCACAUGGUCAAUAUCACUGAUAGAGUUUUAUAUUUAGUUUUACCUCUAGAUGGAUAUUUUAUAUGUAAGCAAAAAGGAACCAGUAACUUGCCAUUGUGGAUCUUGUUCUUAGAAAGUAACCCACUUUAAACACUGAUGUGCUCAACUAAGACUCUGAACAAUGAUCGGAGCAUAAAAGAAUAUUUAUUUUUACAUACUUUAUUGCAUGUGUAGCUUUUUAUUUCUUUUUUCACAUUAGUUUUUGGUUUGUAAUGAUAGGUAAAAAUAUAUUUAGUUUACAGAUGUUGAAUUUGUGAUAAACUAUUCAAAUGAGAAAUUCUAUGCUGUAUAUAAUCAAAAGAAAUUUAGUUAAAAUCAAAAUAAAAUUUAGUUUAAAUCAAAAUAAAAUAAAACACAACAAUGUCAGACAAAUGUCAUAGUGAAUACAAAAUGUUUUGUUUUCCUGAAAUCAGACUCUGAAAUUUAUUUGAAAGAUUUUUGUCUUUUGUCUUGAUGUAAUUUUGUUUUAUGUGGUCCAAUGCCAGCUAAACUUGAAUGUAAACCAAUAAAAGACAAAUGUGAACUCUUAA